GUGCUCUUUUUUUCGGUGGAAAUAGACGGAUAGCUCCGCUCCUAGAAGCGUAGAUGUAUCUACAUCAGUAAUAAACGGAUAGUUUUUUUUUGUUUUUCUGAAGUGCACAUUAUUAUACAUAUAUAGCUAUAUAUCUAUUAUCAAGUAUCAGUGGUCUAAUUUAAUAUCCUUAAAAACUGCACCUUUGCCUACGGGCUUCGAUUUAGUAAUCUCAGUUGAGUAUGGGGCUCUCUGAUAUUGACGAAGACGACCAGCCCGUCUCUAGGCCUCCGCCUAGGACGGCGACAGCGACGGCACAGCCGCCCAUGACUUCAUUCACCGUAGAGGGUACUUCGACGAAGACGAAUCGAACCGUGAAUUUGGAUGACCUGUUUAAUGAUCAAACUCCACAGAGCAAUGGAACAAGUUCUUCUGCACAACCUGCGGCAACUUCUCGCAAAGAAAGGUACGUCUCUAAUAGCCAACUGGAUGACUUAUUUAUGUCGGCCUUACCGAACUCUUCUUCCCAGUCUAACGAUCAUAUGACGGGGGAGCCCCGCAAAAAUACUAUAUAUGUGGAUUACAGCGACGCUGCAACCCAUGAAGAUAUUAACUUACUUGAUAUUUCCACCCAGGGUGAACGUUGUAAGUUUAACAACGCCGAAAGCCUCUUGGAUGGCUUUGAAGUGCAUGGAAGGAAGACGAAGACCAAGCCUUCUUCUGCUACCCACAACACUCUAAAGCAUUUGACGCGCAACAAGGAUGAAAACAAAAUAACGGCACGGCUGCUGUCACUCAUGAACUAUUACGACGUACUGGGCGUUUCUCACGACGCCACCGUUGAGGUGAUUCGGAGGCACUACAAACAGAAGGCCCUUGAGUUGCAUCCGGAUCGAGUAGGCCGUGAGCAAUCGUCCGAGGAGAUGGAACUAUUUAAGGUAAUUACGGAAGCUCAUGAGGUACUAACAGAUCCAGAAAGGCGGUCGAAAUAUGACAAUAAAUUGGAGUGUGAGGGCUUCAUUAGACCACGUCCGGCCGAUCCCUGGUAUUAGAAUACAAUUUCAGCGUUUAUUAGUCGCGGUUUGAAUUCAAAUUUUUGCAUCAAUUCGUAUUAUUGUUAUUAUUUUUAUUUCUCACUAUCUCAAAGGGACUCUUGCAUUCGUCUGUACGAGACGUUUAUUUACUCAGAUUUCAUAAUGUACCGCAAGAGCUUUACAGAUUAAAUGGU